AGCAAAGGUUAGGGAAAAAAGGAGAGAGAAAAAACUUGUUCCAAAAUGGCGACGAAGAUCUGGCUGUCCAUUGCAAAACAAUAGAAAUAGCAAAGAGUGGCAGUUUGAUUGUUUGUUGUCGCAAUUAGUUUUUUUUUGUUUUGCAGUCGACCUAACUGCUUCGGAGUCGGGUUGUGUGUGUUCUAUAUGGACUACUUGUGAUAAUUAUUUGUGAAAGUAGUCUGGGUAUCAUGCUUUUGUUAUAGUUAGCUAGCUAGCAGGCUAUCAAGCUAGCUAGCUACAUCCGUAUCUUGUUGCAGUGUCUGCUAGCUAUCAAUUCACAUUACUGCGAUCUACGCUGAGGAUCAGCUGUUAGCCAGGCAGAACACAGGCAACAUUACUUUAGCUAGCUAGUCAAGUUGCGACGUAACUACUUUUGUUAUUAGCGAGCUAACGUUUUAGUGUUUUCUAGGCUGAUGGUCAUCGGUAACUUGACGUUUUAUCCUGCCUAGCUAGCAGAAGUUAUUUUCCAUAUCCAUUUUGCUAGUUAGCUAACUAGUUUAGUAGAAACGAACUGAGCGUCACUUGCUUUAGCUAAGUUAGCUAACUAGCUAACUUUCACCAUGAGACAGGAGUGUUUGUUGUAGACGAAGUUAGCUUUAGCCAGCAAGCUAACCAGCUCGGUGAAGUUGGGUAAGUAGUCAGCGAGAUUUUAAUACAUUUAUUGUUUACUAAUGUAAACUACUGCAAUUGUAUAUUUGUUCUCACUAAUACAGUCCCGUUUAACUAGUUAGAAGCUGACGUACAAGUUAAAGGCUUUUCUUACUCAAACUUUGGAUAUGUUUGACCAGAGGAAUGUUAUGGAGACCCAUUGAUUGAAUAGCAUUUUAGUGACCAACUAACUACUGUAGUUAGCUACGUUAUUCGCUCAUAUGUCAUGCUUAUCUGCGAUCAAAUGAAUUGAACUCGUCUAUUCAAGAUACUUUACUUUGUUUUUGCGAAUUUGGCUAGCUAGCCAAUGCUGGGGCCUUUUGCUAGCCAGUUAUUGCAAUACUAUUUUUUCACGAUGCGACAUAAGGUGCACUUUAUACCUUGCUAGCUAGCUAGGCAGUAGAACAAUAUUGUCUCAAUCGUAUUUUACGUCCGUUUUCUUCUGGCUAGUGUUGUGAGACUAAAGGCCAACAUUAGCAAGACAAAGGUAGACUCUAUGGAAGCAGUAACCUUAGUUGAUUCUCUAAAAGGGUAGGGGGUAUAGACGCCCACACUAAAAAGGAACACGUCAAGCAUUUUAUCCGGACUGUCGAAACCUGAGUCCAGAGUUUAAAAACACACUCUUUAUUGAUGAUGGCGGAUUUUGUAGUGCCGCGACACAGUGCGGUGAUGGAGCGACUCCGCCGUCGAAUCGAGCUCUUCAGGAGGCAUCACACCAGCUGCGAGAACCGCUACGACAACACAGCUAUGGAGCGGCUGGAGAUGGAACGGCAGCAGACCUUUGCACUGCACCAACGGUGUCUGCAAACCAAGGCCAAACGGUCGAGUAAGCACCGCCAGCCACAGCCAACCUCAGACCAGUCGGCGCAGAGAGGAUCAGGGACCGGGGGCAGCAACGCAGACCUAGGGGAUGGUGGAACGCCAGAGCAAAGCAGAAACAGCACUUUGAUUGCGUUGCAGGAGUCUGUGAAGAGGAAGCUGGAGAGCGCUAGCUCCCCUGGUCAAGUCAAUGGCUUCAGCGACGGCUACCCCCCGUCCAAGAAGGCCUGCCUGGACAAUGGCACAUCCAACGGCGGCAUCCCCCCGCGCUCUCCCCUGGACUCCAAGCACGGCAUCGGCGCUGACUCUCUCAUACCCAAUGGCAUCCACCGGCCUGGUGGUGAGCCCGGUGGGGACGCUGCGGGGGAGCAGGAGUUUCUGCUCAAAGAGAUGAAGCAGGAGCCCAUGGAUGACAUCCUGCCCUGUAUGCUACCGUCAGGGGGCGGAGCCAGCAACAGCCUCUUCCCUGACCUCAACCUCAACGAGCAGGAGUGGACGGAGCUCAUGGAGGAGCUCAACCGCUCUGUGGCCUAUGAGGACAUCCAGGACAUCCUCAACGAUGGCUUCGAGGACCGCAAGGACCUCCCCGAGCUGGCCGGACCCACCCCAGGGACAGGUGCACAGUCUGGGGGAGCAACGCAGGGAGGGGGACUCUCACAGGGAGGCCUCCUGCCUCCAGACCUGGCCAGCAUUAAGACUGAGUUCUCCCCGGCCUCCGCUGCUUUCGAGCAGGACUCGGGCACCGGCUCACCCCACGUCAGGCCCACGUCGUCGGGACUACCCAUGCAGCGCUCCCCGGCAGCGGCGACCACCACUGCCUCCUCCCCGGCCCUGUCCCAGCCCCUCAGCCAGCAGCCUCCCCCAUCCAGGCAGCUCCCUCCCCAGAACCACCACCUCCCCCCGGUGCCCGUCCCCAAAGACCUUUCCCCUGCCCAGCAGCUCCAGCAGCUAGCCGCCCAUCGAGCCCAGCAGAUGCAAUCCCAGCUUCAACAGCAGCAACACGCUCAGAAACCGCAGCAAACCCCAAAACAACAGCAACAACCGCAGCAAGCGCCUAAAUUCCACCCCUCUGGAUCGCACCCUCCGUCUUGGCCCCCUCAGUCAGCCCCGUCUCAGAGCCCCCUAGGGGGCGCCUACGGCCUGGAGAAGCCCACCAGCCCCUCCCUCUACCCCCAGGACUUCCCCAACAAGCCUCAGCUGAUGAUGCCCGGACAGCCCAACAAGGGCUCACCCAAAGCCGCGGCUGGCGGGUACCUGCAGUCCGGGGGCCCCCACCCCAACAUGCUGGGCCACCCUGCCCAAGGACCAGGGGCCCUGCUCAGCCACCCUGCAGCAGCAGGCCCCGGGGGCCCGGGCUCUGCCAUGCUCAACUACAGCAACACCAAGCCCCUGUCCCACUACGAGGCUGCGGCCCAGGGGCCACCACAGGGCCCCACUAGUGCCCAAAGCCAGAACAAGGCUGCGCUGCUGUCGCUCCUCAGGCAGCAGCAGCAGAUGAAGCAGAAGCAAGGCCCGCCCUUCAGACCACACCUACCCCACGGCCAGCAGGAGCAGAACACGUACCCGACCGCAUCGCACGGCCCUGGACCCGGCAACGCCAUGGCGGGUAACCACGGCAACACUGCCUACCUGUCGGGACAGGCAGCGGUGGCGGCGGCUCUGAAGCAGCAGCAGCAGCAGCAACAGCAGCAACAGCAGCAGCUGAUGGAGCAGCAGAAACAGUUCCUACUGGGCCAGAGGCAGCAGCAGAUCAUGGCCCAACAGGAGAAGCAGCGUCAGCAGCAGGAGCAGCAGCUCCAGAGGCACCUGACCCGGCCCCCUCCCCAGUACCAGGACCAACAGAACCAGCAACCUGUAGCACAGAACAACCCCUUCCAGCAGCAGCAGGUCGCCCAGUUUACAGGUUCUUCUCAGCCAAUGGGCAACGUGGGCUCGCUGGGAGGCCCCGCCCCCGGAGCUCAGCGAAUGUUCCCCCAGACGCAACAAGGCAUGAUGGGCAUGACCAUGGGCCAACAGGGGGGUGGUGGCCCCACCCCUGGCGCCCUCCCUGCCGCCAGCCAGGCCGACAUGAGCCUCUCCUCUUGCGGGGGCGUUAUGGACUCUGCCUUACAGCAGCAGGUACUCUACAGUAACAUGAACAUGCACCCCUCCCAGCAAAGUUCAAUGCAGAGGCAGCCCGUAGGCAACAUGGUCGCCCCCUACAGACAGAACAUGCUAGCCCAGCAGCAGCACCUCAAAAACCAGCCCAAUGCCGCCCUGCUGAAACAACAGCAGCAGCAGUUAGCCAGACUACCCGGCGGCAACAUGCCCAAUGUUAUGCCCAACACCAUGCAGAGUGCCCAGAGCCAAGCCUGGCAGCAGCAGCAGCACCAGGGCUUGCAGCAAGCCAUGGGUGCCCAGCAAACGCCUUCCAGCAACGGAGGUCUCCCGCCCAAUUCCUUUGUCAACUCCAACGCCUUCCACAUGCAGCAGCAGACCCGCAUGCCCAACAAGAUGCCUGUUGGCAACACCCCCUUUGGCGCCAAUGCCAACAGCAGGCCCAUGGGCACCAUGAACGCUGCCCAGCAACAGAUGAUGCAGCAGGCCCAGCAAAGGACUGCAGCCAACCCCCAAGUUUCCCUUGGGCAGCCCUUAGGGCAAGUCUUACCCAAUCAGCAACAGACUCAACAGCAACAGGGUUCCCAAGGCCAGGGGGUGUUACCGGAACUGGGGGCCUUCAGUCAGCCGCAGGGGGGGCAUUCGGUCAGCCAGGGGCUCCAGUGCAGCCAGCAGGGCUACCAGAUCAACAGAACUGCCAACCAACAACAGCAGCAGCAGUUGCCGUUUGGCUACAACACUGGGUCAGGGGCUAGCGGUCUGCCCAGUUUCCCUGGGGAGAGUGACCUGGUGGACUCUCUGCUGAAAGGACAGAGCACGCAGGAGUGGAUGGACGAUCUGGAUGAGCUCUUAGCCAGCCACCACUGAUGAUUUUGAUGAACGGGUGCUCAAUAGUCUAUAGUGGCCUCCUCUCCUCCAUCUGCGCCAAUGUUAAAGAGACGGACGGGUGAGAGCAAGUGCCUGCUAGGCAUCCAUCUUCCAUGUUGUGUUCACGUUGCCGUUUCCGAUCAGUAGAUUAAGACAGAGGAGAUGAGGAGAGAAAGCCACUUCAGACGAUGAAUUGUUGAGUGUGUAAGUUGGUGUAUGAGUUCCAUGCCAAUUGCCAAUGAAGUGCAAUUAAAUGCAGGAACAGCGUGGGUUAGUAAUGGAAUCCUGUUACUGUUCUGACACUGCUAAGAUACUGUCAUUCUCAGUAUUGUGUGUACUGUGUAUAUACGAGGUGUAUAUAAUGUUAGGAGAAUUAAUGGAUGGUAAUGAUGGUGCACAGGGCCAAAACCCCUGUGUUGAUUCCUAUUGGAGUAUUUUUUCCCAGGGCUCGAAGAUGUUUAGAGAACUCUACUACUACUAUUACUACUACUACUGAACCUGUGGCUCAGUACUAAACCACUGAAUCAAGGGUGAACCGAACGCUCCACACACACACCCUCUUCUGCUUUGUUUGAAGUUGCGGCCUUCAAUGCAAAUGUAUGCUCUGUGUAGCAGAGGUGGCCUAGUAAUACAUUCCCCCCUAUGUAAAAGGUUGGUGGUGAUACACAAGAGUGUUUGUUCACGGUCUGCUCAUAAACAGACCUGUGCCAUCUCUCCCUUACUUUCAAACCAAUGACUAGGUGUGCUAAGGAGACUCAACUGUGGCGGCCAUAUUUGUUCGGUUAGCCAGUGCCCAUUAGUUGUUAAGUGGGGACCCAUAUGUUUAACUGUCUGUAGUCUUUGUUUUGAAGAAGAGACCAGACUGUUUCUCUGUUUAGAGUUGUGCAAUGACCCCCCCUAUGUAGGAAGGUAACAAAUGGGGACCUAGUCCCCACAUCUCACACAUACACUUUUGAGUGAUGUCUCUAAAAUGGUCUCCCUUUAGGUUCCUUACCAUCUUUGACCAGGUUACACACUAAAAUCACUGUCUUUAUUAAAUAUCCAGUCCACUGUAAUUUCAAUAACCAAGCUAAAAGAGAAGAUAAUGUAUGGAUUUGUCUUUAGUCAUUAAGCUUUUAUUUUAUGUAAGUGGAAUACAUUGCCUUAAGACACAUUGCAGCCAUUAUUUUUGCCAUACCCUUGAAUGACAGUACAGCCUCUCUUGAGUUGGGAUAUUUGAAUUUUUCCAUCCUCGUUUGUGUCAGGGGCUACUUGUAAAUUUGUGUAUAUCUUUUUUUUGUAUGCAUUUUCCUGUUGUUUUGGAGAAGAUAUAGCUUAUUUUUAUAUGUAUAUUGCAGCGGAUCUUUGUAAGUAUUUUAUACUUUUAAUAUGGUUCUCUGUAAAACAAGAGUAUUAUGUGAAUAUAGUUCUUUAGAAACUGA